CUUUUGAAUCAUUUUUUAAUAUUAUUUCAUGGUUGGUUUACAUGAACUGGAUCAAGCCACUGAGCUUGACAUCAUGCUAACUCGUAUGCAAGAACUAGUCAUCCAAUUUAUUAAACAAGGACAGGAUGAAAUUACACCCGUUGUCAAAUAUCGUUCACCCGAAGAACUGUACAAGGCCAUGGAUUUCCACUUACCUUUGAAAGGAACAGGUAUCGAAGGCACUUUUGAUCUCGUUAAGUCUACGUUGGAAUAUAGUGUCAAUUCAUGGAAUCCUCGCUUCAUGGACAAAUUGUAUGCGGGUACCAACCCCAUUGGUGUCAUUGCCGAACUUUUAUUGGCCGUCUUGAACAGCAAUGUCCAUGUCUACCAAGUCUCACCCGUCUUGACACUCAUGGAAAUAUCUGUCACCAAAGCCGUAGCCAGUCUUUUAGACAUGGGCGAGAAUGGCGGUGGAUUGUUAUGUCCUGGUGGCUCAGCAUCCAAUUUAUUGGCUUUGGUGACAGCCCGUAAUCACUUAUUCCCAUCCAUCAAAUCAGAAGGAUAUUUCCCACGUCCAUUUAACCCUGCAUCUGCAUACGGUAAACUGAUCGUCUUUACUUCUCUUCAUAGUCAUUACAGUAUCGAUAAAUCGGCUCAAGUCAUGGGCCUGGGUACAAACAAUAUUGUCAAAGUACCCGUUGAUGCCAUCGGCCGUAUGAAGGUGGAUGAAUUAGAGCGCUUGAUCAAGUUGAGUAUCGAAAAGGGUGAAACUCCCUUUUUUAUCAACGCAACAGCAGGAACAACCGUGUUGGGUGCUUUUGAUCCUAUUCGAGCUAUUUCAGGUAUUGCGAAAAGAUACAAGUGUUGGCUUCAUGUGGAUGGAUCAUGGGGAGGCACAGCAGUAUUUUCAGACCGUGUGAAAGAAGAGAAAGAUUGGUUUGAUGGAUCUGGUUUAGCGGAUACUUUUACUUUGAAUCCACAUAAACUCUUGGGUGUUCCUUUACAGUGUUCCAUGUUGGUCACACCACACAAGGCCCAUUUACUCUUUGCACAAGCCAAUUCUUUAAAAGCAGAUUAUCUUUUCCAUGGCAACCCCUAUGACUUGGGUGCAGGUACCAUCGGGUGUGGACGUCGUCCUGAUGCGGCCAAAGUAUUUCUGGCAUGGAAAUUCUAUGGUCAGCAAGGUCUAGGAGAUCGCGUGGAUAAAGCAAUAAAGACAGCACAAAGAUUUACAAACAUGGUACGAGAACGACCUCAUUUCAAGUUGGUGAUGGAUCCUAGUCCGUUCUUGCAAGUAUGUUUCUGGUUCAUACCUCCAAAGGUAACCGUAGAUAUAUCGCAUAUCACGCGAGAAUUACAUCGACGCGUGAACCAGUCUGGCGAAUUCUUGGUGGAUCAUGCACCGUUGCAAGGUGUGCCUGAUUUCUUCCGUAUUGUCAUUAACGCACCCACUGUUCAUUUACGUGAUCUUGAAAGACUCCUGGUUUCCAUUGAGGAGGCCAAUGCAUCUAUAGACUGGGAAACAAUAAAUAUCACUUGACCCUAACCAACCUAUUUUCUCCUUCAUCUAUUAUUAUUUAAAAAAGGC